AUAUUUCCAUUCCUAGAUAUUUCUUAUUUUUCAUCCUCCAAGUUCCAACCACUUGCUCUUUGCUAAAGUCUGUGGAUUAAAUUUUCACAACACAAUUUGAAAAAAAAAAAUGCAGGAUAUACAAUCCAUCCGCAAUAGAGCGGGUAGUUUGUUUGCUGGUGGUGAUCGCGGUAGUUGUGGUGAUUUAAAGUGUCCGAGGUGUGGUUGUUUAAACACCAAAUUCUGUUACUACAACAACUACAACCUUUCCCAGCCGCGGUUCUUCUGUAAGGGAUGUCGCCGCUACUGGACCAAAGGCGGUGUCCUUCGCAACGUCCCAGUUGGUGGUAGUACCCGUAAAACCAAACGAUCAAAGAAAAAGAGCUCAAGAAGCAGCAGCAGCAGCAACAGCUCCAGCUCCAUCAAGAUCUCGCAGGAAACGACACAGUUUACACUGGCUGAGGCAGUACCGACGGUGUUUGAUCAAAGUUUGGAACCGCCUGUGCUGACCGACAAUGUUCACAAGUUGUAUUCCGAGAUGGGGACGUUUGGAAGCUUGAUGAAUUCAUCUUCUGAUGAGUUAACUGUGGGAUUCUCGUCCGUGGUGGAACCGGAAGUGUCACUGUUAAUGCAGCAACGAGAUCAAGAUCAGAGGCAACAAUGGGAUUGUAAAAGGGGUGAGUUUGAAUAUUCUGGGUUAAGCAAUGGUGGAGAUGUGAUGGAGGAUUGGGGUUCGUUUGAUCAGUCUUAUUGGUUGAGUAAUUCUGAUCAACAGCUUAAUUAUCUUCUUUGAUGACUCCAGGUUAAGUUAACUCAAUUUCUGAUUGGUUGAAUGCAUUGCAACACUCAAGUAGUUUUGGUGUUGAAAGCCGUUACAUUUGGCAUAAACUUUUUAACUUAUGUGAAGUUUUUUUUAAUUGGGCUUCUAUUAUCUUACUUGUAAAACUUUAUGUCUCUACUGAUUUCACAAAUUUCGGUACC